UAUCAUUCAUAUUGGCAAUUGGAUUGUUGUUGUAGUUUAAUUUUCCUUUUUUGUUUAAGGAGUGUCUGUUACGCAUUUUUUAUUUAGUUGUUUUAAUUUAAAAGAAAUGUUUUAAGAUUUAUCAAAAAUAGAGCUAAAGAAGUGCAAUUGAAAUUGUUAUAAAAUAAAAGUUAAGAUUUUGGUUAGAGGAAUUCUAAAACCCCUACCAAGCCUUGCGAAUGCCGGACUCCCAACACUAGUAAUAUUCAAAGUGCUUACGAUUACUUCAUCCACAUCAAAAAAGUAUAAUUAACGUUCGCAAUGCAAAAAAAUCGGGACUAUGAAGGCGUACCACAAGAUGCUCCACCAAUCGUUAGGCAACCAAGAGCUACAAUGUACCCAGCAGAACCUUGGAUGAGUAUUCCUAUUGGCAUACCCAACUGCCCAACUGGAUUAGAAUAUCUAACAGCCGUGGAUCAGUUGCUUAUAAAGCAACAAGUGGAUUUGGUUGAAGUAUUUUUUGGCUGUGAAAUGAAAAACAAAUCAAAAAUAAAGAAUUCUGUUGGCGAGAAUGUCUAUUUAGCUGUGGAAGAUACACACUGCUUGACUAGAAACUUGUGCGGUUCUUGUCGACCUUUCGAUAUACAAAUUCUUGAUAACUUUCAGAAUGAAGUGCUGCAUAUAUAUAGACCAUUGCGUUGUGAAUCCUGUUGCUUUCCAUGUUGUUUGCAGACAUUAGAGGUAUCAUCACCGCCCGGUUCAGUUAUUGGUAGUGUGGAGCAAGAGUGGUCAUUGUUGCGCCCCUUGUAUUUAAUAAAAAAUGCUUAUGGUGAAACUGUUUUGCGUGUACGUGGACCACGCUGUACUUUCAAAUGCUGUGCUAAUGUGGAGUUUGAUAUUUUUGCUAUGAAUGGAGAUAAGAUUGGUAAAAUUUCAAAGCAAUGGACCGGUAUUAAUAAGGAAUUGUUCACUGAUGCCGAUUAUUUUGGGGUUCAAUUUCCAAUUGAAUUAGACGUGCGAAUGAAAGCAGUUAUUUUGGCAGCAACUUUUCUUAUUGACAUGGUGCAUUUUGAGUAUUAGAAAUAUGCUAUAAUGAUCAUUUGAGCUUAGCCAGUAUAGCAAAUAUUGCUUCAACAUAAAGGACUUAUAAAAAAUACUUAUACUCAACGCGCACAUUAACAUUUUUUUCUUCCAUAAAGCGUACACUUUUUAUGCUUUUCGUCAAUUUAAUGCUAACAAAGUACUUACAAACUCACCUACGCAAAAAAGAUGACACCGAGAAAGCCUUUUUACACCAUUUGACAAUAUAUUUUUUUAGUAUUUACAAUUACAAUAUAUAUAAUAAGACUAAAUUUACACUUAUAUUGCAAAUAUUUUGAAAUAUAUAUAAUGUUGCUACUUUUGCAAACACUUGACGAAUGAUAAUAAAAAAUGCAAGAAAUCAUGAAUUCUA